AUGAGUGAGGUUCAUCGUUAUGUUGUGAGUCAUGUGCUUACAUUUGCUCCUGCUAUUCCCAACGUGAGAAAACAAAGGAAAUUGGACCCCGGCUCCCAGGUGGAUGGAGAUGCUGAAACUGCCCCAAGAAAAAGAAAGAGAGAAAACGAUUUGCCCCCAGAAACCUACAAACCCGUGGAGGAAGAGGAGCCUACAGAAGAAGGUAAACCGGAGAAGGAAAGUGAUGGUUUCGAGGAUAUUUGGAAAGUCGUCGACAUGUUAAAUGAAAGAUCCAAGCUUGACACGCUUGAAGAUGUCCCGAAUGCAAAAGAAGUGGGUCGAAAAGAGGUGAAGAUUGAAUGCAAUCAUCAAAUAGUGAUUCGUGAAGAUCUUGGACAUGUCUGCCGUGUCUGCGGUAUGAUUGUGAGAAAGGCUGACACAAUAUUUGAUUAUCAGUGGGAAAAGGAAUCAAGGCCAAGGUCAUAUUUGUACGGAACACGUUCUAAGGAUGCUGGUGAGAUUGUAGUUGGUAAUGUUACAGUAUCUGAAGAUCUCAUUGCUUUAGAUGUUGCCAUUCAUCCAAGACAUGCACAACAUAUCAAGCCACAUCAGUUGGAAGGAUUCGAGUUCCUGGUUAAGAAUUUAGUGUCCGAUAAACCUGGAGGUUGUAUUCUAGCUCAUGCCCCAGGUUCGGGGAAAACAUUUAUGAUCAUAUGUUUCAUUCAGAGCUUCCUUGCGAAGGAUCCCUCUGCAAGGCCUCUUGUCGUACUUCCUAAAGGCAUAGUAGGUACGUGGAAGAGGGAAUUUCAACGGUGGCAAGUGGAGGACAUGCCAGUGUAUGAUUUCUAUUCUGUUAAUGCUACAAAAAGAGAAGAUCAGCUGAAAAUCCUGAACUCCUGGCAAUCCAAUAUGAGUAUUCUGUUUGUUGGAUAUGAGCAGUUCUCUAAGAUCGUUUGCUGUAAGGGAGAUGAAAUUACUGCACCUGUGUGCCGUGACAUGUUGCUUAUGGUCCCGAACCUACUGAUAAUGGACGAGGGUCAUACACCUAGGAAUAACGAGACUAAUCUGCAAGAAUCACUGAGCCAAGUGCGAACGCCACGUAAGGUGGUCAUGUCUGGCACUCUUUUCCAGAAUCAUGUUAAGGAAGUGGUCAGCAUAUUGAACCUUGUGCGCCCGAAGUUUCUCAAUACGGGAUCAUCUCGUCUCAUCGCCCGACGUAUUAUGAGUCAAGUAGCAAUAUCUGGUAGGAGGAUCCCAAAAGAUCCUCGUAAGUUUGACAAGGCAUUCGCUGAGUCGGUAGAAGAGACCCUGCUGCAUGAUGAGAACUUCACAAGAAAAAAACACGUUAUUAGAAGUCUCAAAGAACUAACAGAAGAUGUGAUUCACUACUACAAGGGUGAUAUCUUGCAUGAAUUACCUGGCCUGAUAGACUUCAGCGUCUUCUUGAAACUCAGCCCUAGGCAGAAUGAAUUAGUACAGAAGUUAGAAGGCUACGAGUAUCUUAAAAGAAGUGCGGUAGGAACUGCACUGUACAUGCAUCCUUGUCUGUCAGAAAUGUCAGAAGCUGGUGCUGCGGACAAAGCAAACAUCUUGACAGAUGCAACGGUCGAUACUUUGUUUGAGUCUGUGCAUGUGGGAGAUGGUGUGAAGGCCAAAUUUUUCAUCAAUAUCCUGAAGCUAGCUUCUUCUGCAGGAGAGAAAUUGCUUGCUUUUAGUCAGCAUAUACUCCCCAUGAAAUUUUUGGAAAGGUUGCUGGUUAAAAUGUUUGGCUGGCACGUAGGAAUGGAGAUCUUCGUGAUAACUGGUGACACUAGUGCAGUAGACAGAGAAUUGGCAAUGGACAAGUUUAACAACUCUGCCGAUUCUAAAGUUCUGUUUGGUUCUAUCAAGGCAUGUGGGGAGGGCAUUUCCCUUGUAGGUGCAUCAAGAGUUGUCAUCUUAGAUGUUCACCUGAACCCGUCUGUUACCCGUCAAGCAAUUGGGUGUGCCUUCAGACCUGGACAGCAGAAGAAAGUGAUUGUAUACAGGCUUGUAGCUGCUGAAUCUCCAGAGGAAAAUUUGCAUGAAACUGCAUUGAAGAAAGAAGGCAUAUCAAAGCUACUGUUUGAAUCGAAUGGGCCCCACUGCACUGCUGAAGACUUCAAACUGAACCGAGUUUCUAUAAGUAACUGUCAAGAUGAAUUUCUGGACAAUAAUGCGAUGCGCCGGGAUAUCCAAGCUUUGUAUACAAGGUGGAAGCUGGUUGUCUGCUGUACACUAUGGUGUAGUGGCUCCGUUGUGGUGGAAGGAGACUGUUGUGCCAGCAAGGAAUUUCCUAUCAGCUCAGAUGAGCAGAAGGAGCUGACAGCCAGACUGAUCAAGAAACUAUAG